AUGAACGGAUCUUACCAUCACAUGCUCCUGCGGGACAGCUCUCUGACCAACCUCACAGAAGAAACAGAAUACGAGAAUGGGAGCACUUCGCUGUGGCUGUCUAAUGGCAGUGUUGCUCCACCUCCAUCAGGGGCGCUGUGCCAACAGGUUCAGAUCCAGGCUGAAGUUUUCCUUGCGCUUGGGAUCGUCAGUCUGCUGGAGAACAUCCUGGUCAUUUCUGCAGUGGCGAAAAACAAGAACCUUCAUUCGCCCAUGUACUUCUUCCUCUGCAGCCUGGCAGCGGCGGACAUGCUUGUGAGUGUCUCCAACUCCCUGGAGACGAUUGUGAUUGCCAUUCUUAGAAACAAUGUGCUCAAACUCAGUGAUUUUUUUGUGCGUUUGAUGGAUAAUAUUUUUGAUUCCAUGAUCUGCAUUUCUCUGGUAGCAUCCAUUUGUAACCUCCUGGCCAUUGCCAUUGACCGCUAUGUCACCAUAUUCUACGCACUACGCUACCACAGCAUUGUAACAGCACGGCGUGCAUUAAGUGCCAUUGGCAUCAUUUGGCUCACCUGCAUCAUCUGCGGCAUUGUCUUCAUCAUAUACUCCGAGAGCAAGAUGGUCAUCAUUUGUCUAAUUACAAUGUUCUUUGCAAUGCUGGCACUGAUGGCAACACUCUAUGUUCACAUGUUUUUGCUUGCCCGACUCCAUGUCCAGCGCAUCGCGGCGUUACCAGCCGCAGCUGUUGCCGCGGGUGAUCCGGCACCACGGCAACGCAGUUGCUUGAAGGGAGCAGUGACUAUCAGCAUUCUCUUGGGGGUCUUUGUGUGCUGCUGGGCACCUUUCUUCCUCCACCUCAUCCUCCUUGUGGCAUGCCCACGCCACCCACUCUGCCUGUGUUACAUGUCACACUUCACCACUUACCUGGUGCUCAUCAUGUGCAACUCAGUCAUCGACCCCAUCAUCUACGCCUUCCGCAGCCUGGAGAUGAGAAAUACCUUUAGAGAGAUCCUCUGCUGCUUUGGCACAGGCUGUCCAUCUCCGGGUUGCGAGCGAGAACGAGAGAUGGACCCGGAGAGAGUGAGGGAGAGACGACAGGAACGGGAGAAGGAGAGUGAGACAGAGUGA